AGGCGGGCGGAGGGAUGUCACAAAAUCCCCAUUUGCCCUGGAUUGUGGGCACAAAUCCGGCACCUCCGCCGCAUCUGAAAUGGCCGAUUUUGAUGGUUAGCCACAGAAAACGCCGCUCUGAAGAUGAACUACAAGUGCGAUUAUACGACAGAAAUGAAGCUAUUUUAUCGACACAUCUACCCUGGUAGAUUCUUUUCGUGGAGUGACUGGAAGGAGUUCCUCCGGUCUAGUUUGUUCAUGGGCUGGCAGAUCCCUAGAAGCUAAUGCCUGGAGGUACUGGACUCCCUUGCCCUGCGAGAGGGGCGGGAGGGUGCCUCCCGUUCGCGGUGUUUGGAGUGCGUUUUGAGCUGUGAGACGCAGCUAUUUUUGUCUCUACACGCAGGUUUACAUGUUCCGCUAGAGUGCAGAGCAUUGCCUAGAGGGCAGUCCCAGCGGGGACAGUUUGCGUUUGCCGAUGCUUCGCUAGAGUGCGGAGCAUUGCCUAGAGGGCAGCCCCAGCGGGGGCAGUUUGCGUUUGCCGAUGCUUCGCUAGAGUGCGGAGCAUUGCCUAGAGGGCAGUCCCAGUGGGGACAGUUAUUUGCGUUCGCCGAAGCUUCGCUAGAGUGCGAGACAUCUGUCUUGAGGGCAGUCCCAGAGUGACAGGUUUGCGCAUGCUCGCCAUGAGGCCGGCCCCAACGGAGGCGGUGUCGCGGUGUUUUGCUACAAGGCCAGUUUCCGCGGGGAGUAGUUUUGCGGGCAUUUGUUUUGGGGAAAGAUGACAUCUUGAUCUUGUGGCCGGGGUCGCCACUGUCCGGCGGCGUCGUUUGGCGCAUUAUUUCCGUUCUCUUUGGACGAUAUCGAUAUGCCUUCUGUCCUCGAUCUCGCCUUGCUUUGGGAACAGGGGUCGUUUGCCACUGGCGGUACCCAUACCCAAUCCGUUACCCUUGCGAACUUGUUCCCAUGCUUUGGCUGGGGUUCUUGGUGUCCAAUUUGUUCGCCCUCUGUUCCCUUAGCAGGGCGGGGUCGAGGAUCCUCCUCGUCAAUUACGAAGUGCAAUCAGCUACGUCGCUCUGAAGAUGAACUACAAGUGCGAUUAUACGACAGAAAUGAAGCUAUUUUAUCAAGUGCAAUAGAUCUGUCUGGGUCCUCU